AGUCAAUUAAUUGCCGGAAAGACUAUUCCUAUUGAAACAUCUCACUGCCUUUGGGUCUUUAAAAAGUUUCAAUCGCUCUAAUUCGUCCACCAUGUCACAGUUUCGGGCCAAGAAGCUCGAUCUGAGCUGCUUCAUCAAUGUCCGCGUACUACGGGAUCACACCAAGCGCAAAGUCUUUGCAGAGCACGAACCUGAAAGACAAGCGCUCCGUUACAUUAUUCGCAACACGGCUCUUCCCCAGCGCGCUCGCGCCCAGGCUCAGCUUGAGCUUUCGCAGAUGCAUGCCUAUACAAGGAGCACGCAGAUCAAGAAUCGAUGCAUAGAAGGAGGAAAGGCAAAGGGUGUUUUCAGUGAUUUCAGAAUGGCAAGGUUCCCAUUCCGGAUGAACGCCCUUGCUGGAAACCUCCCCGGUGUCAAGAAAGCCAGCUGGUAGAGCUAUGGAAAAGCGUCAGCGGCUGUACUCUUAUGCCGAGUAGACGGUCUUUGAAGAAAAUCUGGCGUAUUGGUCUUUCUUGUAUAUUCCUACGAUCAGCGGCGUUCUGGUGUGUCAUGCCAUUUCAAAAGAAUGAUAUAGAAAGAGGCAGAAAGGGAUAUUAGUUGCCUUUGAAUGCGAUAAACCUCCUGAUAGCAGAAAAUUAAUGCUGCGUCAAAAUCAUAAUUGUCGAAAUAGUAACGACC